AUGCCCGGCCGGCCGCUGCUCCUCGAUCUCGGCAGCCGAAGCGGUCCUAUAUGCCGAGCAUGUCUUUCUAGCAUCCGACGGCAGGCCGCGCAACCGUCGGCCGCCGCUUACAGCUCCCAGGCGUCGCGGAGGAGGUCGAAGCCGCAAUCCCGAACAUCUGGCGCCAUCAGCCGUCAGCCGGACCAGAAUGAGCUGCGACAGUACCUCCAGGGUAUUCAGGAGCUGCAAGGGGCCCCGAAAAAUGGCGACAAGGAAGGCUUUUCGGUCCGGUUCUUCGAGCAGAACGACAAGAGCCGCACGGAGCUCGACGAGGACGAAUUCGGCACCUCGCUGAGCAGGCUCGAUGGCUCAGAACUCAAAGAUGCGCUAUUCGACCUUAGGAGCGCUCUAGCGACUCAAGAAGAGCGCGAUGCGUUCCAGACGGUCAUGCGAGAGAUGGGCGGCGAUGUGGACAAGGUGGCAUCGGCCGACGAUCUGGAGAAGAUGAUGGCCAAGAUGCAGGCGUACACGGACUCGAUUGACGCGGAGAUAGAAGAAGCCGGCGCUGGUCUGCCAAAGGAGAUCCUGGAUGAACUGCGACAGGACUUGCCGGAUCUGCCACUUCUCGACGAGUCCGGACGACGACAGGCCGCCCCGCCGCAGAUUCCCGAACGGCCGUGGACGCCCAAUCAGCGAAAGAAGAUCACCAGGCUCAACUCCAUCCUCGCCCGUGUCUUUCGAGAUUUGCGUCGAGAUCCUGGCCUUACAAAGAAGAGCGUGUCGUCUGUCUACAAAGCGUACCAUGCAGCUCGACUUCCUCUGGCGCGGGGUUGGAGCAACGUCCCGAUUGACGUCUGGGAUCUCCUAUGGACGAUAUUCUCCGCGGAUGAAUCCAUCAACACGCACAGGCUAGCCCAUGUCUCCAUGCUGGCGAGGGACAUGAGCGAGGCCAAGAUCACUCUCGCUCCAUCACAGCAACUGCUGACUAUCGAGGCCGUCUUUGUCGACGGAUGGGAGUCCAAGGCUAUCGACAACUGGAAGCGAUGCAUGAGCACUCUGGGUGAUGAGAAAUCAGAGACCUUUCAGCAGUUUUGGGAGCUCGGCGUACGCAUGUACUGCCGAGUGGGGGACAUGGAGCAGGCGGAGCGAGCUACAGCCAAGCUCCUGGAAAGGCACAUGGAUGCGCGCAUACUCAUGCCUCUGAUCCGGACGCUCUCCGAGCAGGGUACCUCGGAGAGUCAAGAGCGGGCCUGGGCGACUUACCGCCAGAUGAGGGACCUCUUGGGCAAGGAGAUGAAGCUUGCGGACUACGACCAGGUGGUGUCGUACUUUCUCACCACCAAUCAGACCGAAAACGCCCUGUACGCCUUUGUCGAUAUGAUGAGCGACGGCCAGAUUGACCUUAAGCGGCAAAGAUACAUGCCCUCGGUGGUCGCAAACAAGUUCUUCCUCGGCAAAUGGCUCAAGCGGCUAAUUGGCGCUGGCGACCUCGACGGCGCCUUCAGCGUGGUCGAGUUUAUGCGAUCAAAAGGCGUCGAGGCUGCACCGAUACACCUCAACGGCUUGAUCGGUGCGUGGCAGAGGUCAGGCGGUGCCGAUGACCUCGUUAAGGCGGACAAGCUAGCCUGGGACAUGAUUGAGUCGCGCACCAACUUUGUGCGCGCACGACAGGCUGGUAGCAAACAGCAACAGAGCCUCUCAUCAGGCACAGCACCGUGGCCAAGGGCGACGUUGGAGACGUUCUCUCUGCUGGCGGAGAACUACCGCCUGCGCGACCUGCACGGAAAGCUCGAGUCGCUCUGGGAUGCGUUCCGCGACUCCGAAAUCAGCCCCGACGCGUUCAUGAUGAACCAGCUGCUCGAGUCUUACAUCCAGGCCGGUCAGCCGAAGGAGGCCAUGACGCUGUACCACUCCUUUGUGGCCGAGCGCGGGCUCGCCCCUGACCCGUACACCUUCAGCGCGCUGUGGAAGACGCUGGCCGUGAACCGACUCCACGUCGUGGCCCCUGACGCCCUCCAGGAGGAGACCGAAGCAACUCGCGCCCUCUUCAAGGAGACGCUCAAGUUCAAGCAGGUGUUCCAGCCCGACGGCAUCGACGGACAACUCGCCCGCAAGAUGCUCCACACCUUCCGCCGGCUCAAGGACAAUGCUGGUCUCCUCGUCGCCCUGACCGCCCUCAAGGAUGUCUUUGGCUUCCUGCCGCCCGAGACGCUCGCGAUGGAGCUCCUCCUCGGCACCACCAAGCUCGCGUGGGAUACGCCCUCGCAGCGCAGGCGCCUCAUGCUCGCCAAGCGCGACCUCGACAGGGCGCUCCUGGCGUGGGCCGACGGCGACGCGGAGCGCCUCGAGGGUGACGCCCGCCGCGGCGAGGCCCUCUACGAGUACCUCCAGAAGAAAUACUGGCCCGACGAGGGCGCCUACGAGGACAAGAGGAGGGUCCUCGUCGAGGUGGCCAAGGAGAUGGGCGUUUACGAGCUUCUAGCGCCAAAGAGCAGGCGCAAGGCAUAG